CACAGCCUUGGACAAUCUGUUUGGUCACCAUCGCAAAAGACGCUCUGCGAAAAGCUCUCCAGAGAGCUUCGAAAGAGUUGACGUCAGCUGGUUUCUCGAGCAGUCGCUCUCUACUGCUCCGUUAGAGACUAUAUGAAACACAAUCGACAGUAACUUUGUUACCGAAGCAGACAGAAGAGUAACUUUAUUCUUAAAGUUACUAAAGAGGCAGGUUGAACACAUCAAUAUGCUAGUACCAUCCGACAUGCUUGCCGCCCAAUCAAGACUACUCUAUCAGCUGAACAAGUUCUAUGGAGAGAAGGUCCACAAACGUAAACAAAACAUUGCCGAAGCAGUACGAGAGGUAUGCAGGGUCGUCCAAGAAGUCCUAAAAGAGGUUGAAGCUCAAGAACCGAGGUUCAUCUCUUCCCUCAACGACUGCAACGGGAGAUAUGAAGGCUUUGAUGUCAUUUCUCCCACUGAAUUUGAAGUUGUGCUUUACCUGAACCAGAUGGGCGUUUUCAAUUUCGUCGACGACGGAUCCCUGCCAGGAUGUGCUGUGCUAAAGCUGAGUGAUGGUCGAAAACGUUCCAUGUCAUUAUGGGUUGAAUUCAUAACAGCAUCCGGAUACCUUUCGGCUCGCAAGAUUCGAUCGCGAUUCCAAACGCUCGUAGCACAAGCCUGCGACAAGUGUAGCUACCGAGAUCGAGUCAAGAUGGUGUCUGACACCACAGAAGUCAAGUUGAGGAUUCGAGAAAAAUUUGUGGUGCAGAUCACCCCAGCUUUCCGGUGCAGUGGGCUUUGGCCCCGAAGUGCAGCGCAUUGGCCGAUUCCGCCAAUAUCGAACAUUUCGUGGCCACACCCAAAUCUUGUUGCAGAAGUGAAAACCGAAGGAUUCGAUCUGUUGUCUAAAGAAUGUGUAACGCUGCAAGGAAAGCAGUCUUCUAUGGAGGGAGACGCUUGGGUGCUUAAUUUCGGCGAAGCAGAGAACAGAUUGCUACAAGGUGGUUGCAGAAGCAAGUGUCUCAGUAUUCUCAGGACUCUGCGAGACCGUCACUUGGACUUACCGGGCAACCCCGUAACUAGCUAUCACAUGAAAACCCUGUUGUUGUACGAAUGCGAAAAACACGCAAAAGAGGUGGAAUGGGAUGAAACCUGCCUCGGAGAUCGAUUGAAUGGGAUUUUACUCCAACUGAUUUCCUGCUUGCAGUGUCGCCGGUGCCCUCACUACUUUCUCCCCCAAUUGGAUCUUUUCAAAGGCAAAUCCGUUAGCUCGUUGGAGCAUGCAGCCAAGAAAUGCUGGAACCUUACUCGUUUGCUUCUAACAAACCAAAGAUCGCUAGAAGAAUUGUGAAUCUAAAUUUUAUUUUCAAUUGAUUUCAAAUACCCUCAAAAAAUGAGACGAGUGUUUUAAAGACAUGAUAUAGAAACUUUCGGGCUUCAAUUGUUCAUUAAAACUUUUCUUUUUCCUGGUUAGAAUCAAAGACUGAUAAAAGUAAAGAUUAAAAAAAUCCUACGAAGAUAGAAAAAAUAUAUGAUCCAAAUUUUCUGACUAUUGCGAUUUGAAAAAUUACUAACUAAAAGUGAGAAAAGUCUGCAUCAUAUAAGUAAAAGCCUCAACAAUUUCAAGUAGACAUAUUAAAAAACUAAACAUCUUCAAAACAUUAGUGAUGCUAGCACAUGCUUCCAUCUUUUUGUAUCAGAUAACAACUCUAGUAUCAAUAUUGUCAAAUCAUAGAAUAUAACAAUGAAUUGUACCGACAUGCAAAAAAGUUGGAAUGAUACAAAAACAGGUGUUAUUUGUGCGAACUCUUGGAUUUAUGACUUUCCUCAUUUUUGCUAGACUUUUAAUCUGAACUAAAUCUGUUAUUAGAAUUAGAACAUGGUUUUAAACUGAAAAGAAGUCAUGCAAUACAUUUGUUUUCCCAAGAGGCGAAAAUGUACAGAAUUAUGUGUAGAGUAUGUUUCAAUAUGUACAGAAAUACAGGUAGAUAUGUAGUUUACAUUGGUUUUCA